UGACAAUUUACCCCACCAAAAUGUUGGGCGGCUCAUUUAUUUUUAUUUUCGACGGAUCUCUUGUCCCCAACCUCCAUCAUAUCAUACUCGCCCUACUCACCCCGAUUCCCUUCCUUCUCCUCGUCUUUUGUGCCUCACGGAAAAAGGCAAAGAAUGCCGUUGGUUGAUUUCGGACUGUUGGUGGUAGUUCUUGCUAUAGCUUUCCAAGUUGAAGCAGAAUUAACAGAUAGUAUAACGCUUUCCGAGGUAACGAGGACAAAGGAAGUAGGAUCAUCAGGUGUAUCACGGAGUUGGUCGCGGGGCUUGCAGCCCGCAGGCACUGCGUCGGACGGCAGCCAAACAACGUUUUCCGAGAAGGUCGUUGAAUACGAGAUGACGAUGUCUGAGGGUGCUACACUAACUUUCUCUACGACCUCAUGGGAAGAUUUACGGAUUCAAAGUGCAUCGGGAUACGUUCGGAUCCAGAAAGGUUCAACGGAUUCGAGUGUUGAAAGCUGUAGCUCUGUGAGUGGGGGUGGUAGCUGCAUGAAUUCUAUCAACGGUCUCAGUCAAGUCCAAUCGAGUUCCGGCCAGUCGACAGCUACACGAGGGCUUGUCGUGACUUCCACGACUAGUCUCCUUCCCGUUCAGACGCCGACUGUUGUCAAUUCUGCCGCCGUGCCAUCAACGGUCACGCCAUCAGCGACCGCCAUCUCUCUGUUGGCUUCAACGUCGAAGAACUCCGAUAUUCUGAGACCUGCACUAAUAGGGUCUUUAUUGGGAGGAUUGGGAGUCGUCCUUCUUGUCGUGGGGUUAUUUUUCGUUUGCCGGCGGCAAAGAAGAAAGACAAAGGGACGAAAACAAGGUUUCUGUCGAGAGUUAGUUGGUGGUCGUAGUAUUAACGAUAUCAGUCAUCGUCAACACCACUAUCGGUCAUUUCGAAAUCCUUCAUCCAUGGCAGAGUCGUCAAGAGAUGGCAUAUCCAUAGACUCGUCGUACUUUCCUUAUACCAAAUCACCUCCUCACUCGCCGACGCAAUCGUUCUCUGCUCCUGUCCUAUCCUUCAAACCUCAUGGCCAAGCUUCGCCAUCACCGUUAUCAGUGGCAGCCCCGUUUUCGGCAGAACCGCAGUUGGGAGUAGGAUCGCUUGUACCAGCAGAGUCGACGAGAGAUACUUUAACUUCACAGGCCACGGUCGUUGCGUCUACUUUGGUUUCGAGGCAAAAUACGAGUGAUUCGAUCACCUCCUCGGAUUCAUAUACACAUCCUGGUCACGGGUUUAGAAUACAUCCAUCCCGAUUCAUCGAGGAGUUAUCUCUAAGUGAGUCGUAUAUGGAGUCUUUGAUGGCUGGCAGAAAUUCGAAGAUGAUAUACCAAGAGCCGAAUGAGAUGGAACCUGAAAGUCCUACGCAUUCACACGAAGAUCAUGAUCAUGAAAAGGGACGUGUUCAAUCAUCUAGUACAUUGUCAGAAGACACGACACGAACACAUCCCGAUCACGACCACGACCACGAGCGAUCUCCACCACCUUCUCCCAGUCCGCUCUCUACGACUCCUCGUGAUAGCCCAAACUUCGCAACUCGAAGUCGGACGCCGAACCUGGGGCUCUUCUCACAUCCAUCGUUGUUACCCAUAACCUCCCGGUCCGUGCCUCACCUUCCACAUGCUCAUUCUUCUUCCAUGCCUACAACGCCCACCUCCCCCCCACACUCAGUCCCUCGGAGUUGGGUCACGCCAAGUCCUUUUUCACAUCAGACUUUUGAAACCGCGGAGGAUGGCCGGAGUCGCCGUGACAGUGAUAUGUCGACUGUAAACUUGCCUACACGUACUAUCUCCCGUUCACGGCCACGGCCACGAUCGUGGUCGGCUACAGCGUUUACGACUGACCACGGGGGUAUGUGGUAUGGGUAUGCAGUUUGAAAUGUUUUCGGGGUGGUGUUUAGUUUACCAUAUGCCCUAAUUUACCUUGAUUAUCUCGCACAAUCAUCUAUCCUGUUUUUUCUUUGUUUUUUGCAUAACCACAUUUUGCCUUUCUAGCAUUACAUUCUUUACUGCACUUUGCUUUCGACUGCACUGUUUAUUGUUUUGUUUUGUCUUUUUUCGCUGGGACCUUUGCUUCUACAUGCUAUGUUUUAGGAUUACAUGACGUUUUGAAGUAGAUAUUUUCAAGAGGUCUGGUGAAGGUCGAGAACGAAUUGUACGAAGUCGAAUGUGUUGUGUUGGUCUAGC